UCCCCUGCUCCGGAAGUUCCGGGCAGCCAUUCUGACUCCCCGACCUUGGGCUCCGCCUGGCCGCCGUCUGCAGUGCGUUCCGCGCGGUCAUGUCUCCGCUGACGCCGCUCCUGCUGCGGGGCCUCGCCGGCCCGGCCCGGCGGCUCCUGGUGCCGCGCGCCCACGUGCAUUCCAAGCCUCCGCGGGAGCAGCUCGGCACCCUGGAUGUCGUCAUUGGGCUCACCUCCUGCUUCCUGUGCAUCCUCGGGCCCUCGGGCUGGGUGCUCUCGCACCUGGAGAGCUACAAGAAGCGGGAGUGAGGGGCUGUGCUCCCGCCCCUGGGACCAGACCGCCGCCUGCCCCGAUCAUGCCUGCCGCAUUCCCGGCCGCCUCCCCUGGAGCAUGUCCUUCAGCGACAGUGGCCCCUUCUGCGAUAUGACCUCUUGAUUUCUCCCUUGUGAUCAUGGGACCAUGUAAUUCAGUGUAUAAGGCCUGCUGGGUAUGACCCACCUUGGAACAAUAAAGUCUGUGUAAAUCAUG